GUAGUCGUGUGCGUUCGUGUGUGUGCACGCCCGUGCUGUGUGUGUGUGAGUGUGUGCGUGUGUGACAAAUUUUGUUCGAGCAGAAGCAAAAAAAAAAUAACAAUAUACUACGCACGGUAGUCGUGUCGUCUGUCGUGUUCAAACACGCGAUAUAAUAUUGUUUGGUACCUACUUUUUAAAAUAAAAUAAAAAAAUUGUGACGCGCCAAAUUUCCAUAGGACAAAUGUUGUCGUUUUCCGACCAUAUCGGCUGGUCCAACCGCACCGGCUGUAGUCAUCAACACUGAAUUUCUUUGCUUCUGCAAUUUGCAAGACACAUCACCACCGCCCGAGGACGACCUCGUUGGAAUGACAACAUAGCAGCAGCAGGUAAGUUCUUAAUUCUCUUGCAUAGUACUGAUGGCAAGUAUCCUUGCUGUGUAUAAAAUGAUGUUAUAUACUGCCAUAUUUUCAAUAUCUGUCCACUUAUAUUAGUACCAGAUAUCAACGGCCGUCCGUAUAUUCUAGGGAUUUGCUUGGGAUAUGACUAUAUGGAUUUAUCUACCUACUAUUUGAUUGAUUUCUGUAUUUAGUAUUUUGUAUACUUUUUUUGUUAAGUACCUCAGUAUAUUUUAAAAAUCAAACAAUUUAAAUAUGGUAUAUUAUUAUGAGGUUGUAGUUUAUUAUAUUACUUAUGGUUUUUAGAUUGUAUAAUGUAUAUGAUACCUAUGCUAACAAACUUCAAUGCCAAUUGUGAUGAUGGUCAACAGUUAUUAUUAUUUUCUCAUUACAUAAAAAAUAUUCAAAUUUUCCAUUAAAUAGUAAUAGUAUUACUAUAAAUAUGAUAUAAUAUGUAAGUAAGAAAAGUUCUAAAAUCACAUUGACUCAUUAGAAUGAUAAAUAUAAUAUUUAGUUACAUAAGUAAAAUAAUAUUUUUUUAAAUCCGAUAGGUGUCCAUUCAAUACAUUUUAUUAAUCUUGUUUUGUAUAAUUGAGUUGAUUAGUAUUUAAAUUUUUAUGUGAAGAAUAUUAAUUAUGUAGGUACUUAAUACAAAAAUAUAGGUACUUAAUCCUUUAAUUUAAAUGUAUUAUUUAACUGCUCGUUUAACUGUCAACAGACCUAAGAAACUUAUUUUCUCAGACAAUGUUAACUGUAUGUACUCUGGCUAUAUAGAUUAUAAUUUGAAAAUCCUAUAAGGUAUAUUAAAUUAUAUAUAAUUAUUAUUAUUUAUAUAGGUACCUGAUUUUGUCCAAUUUUAUUUGUUUGUGUUGGUUUUAAACUUAAAUAAUAUUGAUAUUCAAAAAAAUAUUUGUAAUUAGUUGAUUACUUUCUAUAAUAAGUAUGUCAAUUUGUUUACAAAAAUUAAGUUGAAAGAUUUUUUUUUAAUUUUUAUAUUUAUUAGAUAUACUGUUAUUUUUAAUUAUUUUAGAUUAAAAAGUCUAAGUAUAAUAGUUAAGGUUAGAUUUGUUAUUUCAGAUUUACCAAGUUCUUUUCUAUUUUUGUGCAUAUUCGGUAAUAUACAAUAUUAGAUAUUACUUAAGUACGUUUUACCCUAGUGUUAUUUAGAUAUAUAUAUUUAAUACAAAAUGCUAUAUUAGGUAUUACAUAGUUACUAAAUUAAACAUUAAGUUCUUAAAUUUAUUUCAAACGCGAUUUGUAAAAUUCAAUAUUACUUUUUUAAAAAAUAAUUGUUUUAUUUACAAAGUACCCAAUAUGUACUUUAGUUUAAAUGUUGUACCCAGAAGUUGUUGGGUUUUUUUUUUUUUAAAAAUAUAUAAUUUUUUAUAAAUAGGUACAUAUGGAUAAAAAAUUAAUCUAUACACUUUAAUUUUGGGAAAGCUAUCUAAUUCUUUAGGCAUUUUCAGUACCUGUGCCCAAGUAUAGACUAUAGCUACAUUUUUCUGUACACCACUUAUCUACCUCCUUAUCAUGACUUUAAAUUAAUUGUCUUGAAAUGUAUUUAUUACAGAUUUAUUCAUCAUACCAUAUAUUUAGAAUAUUUCAAACUUAUACAUUGGUAUAAGAAAGUAUUGAAUUUAGCCCAUUUGUGUUUUAUUGUAUACAUUCUUAUGAAAUUAGAAAUUAUGUAACUAGGCACUAAUGACAAAAUAAAUUUAAUUCUCAUAUAGGUACAUAGUUAAUAUAAUUUUACUGUUAAAGUAAUAUAUUAUUUAUUAAAUGCAUAUAUACAUACUGUUACUUAGUAAUCAUUAUCAAGAAUUUUAUAUUUUAAUUGAUUAUAAUUUGUGAAUAUUGUAACCUAGUAAGAGAAAAAUAAAAAAAUAAACUUUUGGCACUAAAAAUCUGGAUAUUUUGCAAUUACAAUUGUAAGCAAAGACUCUAUAUGUCUGCAGACAAAUAUUGCAGUGAAACAAAACACAAUGUUUGAACAUAUGUUAGAAAAAAUGCAAAUAUAAAAAAAUGUAAUAUCAUGUAUUAAGCAGGUACUUUCCUAACCACCUUUUAUUGUUCAGAUUUGGUGUUAGAAUCUUUAAAUUGUGUAAAAAAAUAACUAGAUAUGACGUGCAAUUUAUUUUUCAAUAUAUUUUUCGUAAAAAAUCCUUACAAAAGUCGUGAUGAAGGUAUAGGUAAUUUUUUUAAAAAUAAUGAAGUAAAAUAUUAUUUUUCAUAUUUUACAAUACAAAAUGAUUAUGGAUUAUUCUUGGUGCUUUCGUGUGUUUGGUUAAAAUUGUAGGUGCGUUGUUAAAUACGUUUUCAUUCAAUAUUUUUGGUACAUGAUUUUCGGAUAGGCCCAAAAUAAAAUAUUUGGAAAAACAAAACUUUAUCUUUUUCAAAGUACCGAUAGACAUUAUAUAAUUAUAUUUAUAAUAUUACGUUGUUUGAAUAGUUACAUUUUAUGAUGGAUGACGAUGAAACAGUUUUUAGAUUUACGGAUAGAUAGGUACUAAAUCUUUCCAUUUAAUGUGUAGUAGGUACCUAGUUUUAUUCAAAUAAUAAUAUUAUAUUUGUUCUGUUCGCCCUAAAUUUACAAUAUUAUUCAUCAACCUAAAAUUGAUUCUACCGUACGUCAACAAAAUAUUACUCGUGCAAAAAACAUAAUAUAAAAUAUUGUUUUCAACCAUUAUCGUAUUCUAGGUUACAAAUGUACAAUAUUUUAAUACGAUACUCGUGUACCUUCAUCAUAUUAAUCUUUGCUGUAAUUCGUUAAUAAUAAUAAUGAAUACUGUUGAGUGCUAUUGGCAUAUUUCACAAUAUGAAUUUACACAAUAUAUAUUCUACUGCCCCCGAAAAGUGUUUAUUCAGUGAAACAUCAUUAUUGUUUUAGAUCAUUGUAAAACCGUAAUAUUUCCCAUAACAGUUUAGUUUAGCCUUCAUUUCGAACAGAGUUUAUUCGAAGUAGACACUCGUGGCAAAAUAAAACGACUGGCCAUAUUUCAGACGUAUCUUAUCCAGUGACGGCGCGAACUUGUAUUAUGAGUGAGUCUGGCCAAAUUAUUUGAUCCAUCUACACAUUUAUUGAUAAAAAGCUCCUGAACUUUUCUCCGCUCCUCCCCAUAUUCUAUAGUAUAAAAGCGGGUAGGUAUUAUAUAUUUUAUUGUUAUUGUUAAAUAAUCCGUAUUUUACAAAACCAACUUCUAUUUCAUGUAAAAUAUUUUCUACUCGAUUAUCUAACGUCCGUCUAGCUGGCCAUGCCGCCCACCCGCCUAUUUGAAAAAAAAAACUACGGUACUCGCAGAAUUACCAUCUCGUCGUCGUUGGUCUUAUCUUUCAAAAAAAACCGCACAAAAUACAGAGUUGGAUAUAUUAUUAUCCAUACUAUUGGCGAUUUUGCUUCCUAUAAUAUGCUUGUACCUAUGUGUUUGUCGUGGGUUUUCAAGAGUUAUUUUUUUUUUUUUGAACGAUAUAAAAGUAAUAUAAAAUAACUAAAAUUGUCUGUAUAAAUUAAAUUAUAAAAAAAACCGGGUUAGCCAUUGUUGUAUAGGUGGAAAGUUUGAAACGUAUAGAAUGUAGGGUAAUUUAUUUUGUAUAGGUACUUGAUGUAACGAUACAUUUUUGCAAUCGAAAAUGGUUCUGAACGUAGUUCGAUAAACUCUAUAGUAGGUAUUAGUCGUGUUCUUCCUGUUGUAUGUUGCCAAGGUAACAUAAAAAUCAAUACAAAUAAAACCAAUUUUUCGACAUUUGUUGUCAGAUUUUUUAAUCUUUUAGAAAAACUGUUGGGAAUGAAGAUAUUUUGUGAACAGGUGAAUAAUCUGGUAGGAUUCUGGAAGGUACUAUGUGAAUAAUCUGAAGCACUUUUAAUAACCAAAAAGUGUUUUCUGAUUAAAAAAAAAAAAAAAAAACGUUUUAGUAAAACUAACCGUCAUCUACAAUUUUUUUCAAUUUUUUUUUUUUGAUUUUCUUUGUAGUUUUCUUAAUAAAAUUUAAGAAAAAAAUGAGGAAUGUACGCAAUAACGGAUUUUGUUAUCUUAUAGAGUUUUUUUUUCUGUUGUAGUUCGGUUUAAAAUAGUCGCAGAGACCUUAAAUAGGUAGAAAAGUAGUCAAAUACUUAUAUUGGUAUUUUCUAUACGUGGUACAUGUUGGCGAUUUUUGAGCUUUUUAGAAACAUUUGAAAUACUUAAGUUUAUGUAAUGUUUUAUGUGAAUCAAAUUGUUUUGGCCGAGCAAAAAUGUUUGAAAAUGUUUACAUGAGAUUCAUCACAAAUUGUACAUAGUGGUAAAAAGAAAAUCGAGUGUAGUUUUUUUUGUAUUAUUCAGUGUUCAAUUAAUUUGAAAAUAGUAAAAAUCGCGGUAUUCACAAAAUAAACGUUUAACCAAACUUUGUUUAGAAUCGUGUUUCAUUAGAAAUAAUUUAUUGUUGCGCGUUUAGAUAUAAAUUAAAUUGUACAUUUAAUUAUAUCAAGUUCCUGCCUAUAAUAAUAAUAUGUCGUUAGUAUAUAUUUGAUUAUUUUGUAUCACUUUAAACCAGUAACGUAUAAAAUGUUUUCAAACGAAUCGUCAUAUUAUAAAACCAAAUAUGAUUUUUCGCUCUAUCUACUCUCAUAAUCUGAAAAACGUAUAAAUAUUGUAUUAAAAACUUUGAUUAUUAUUAUUAUUUUUUUUUAACGAAUGGCGUUUUUGAACAUUAAAAAAGUAUACUUUUGUAUACAUGAUUGAUUGUACACUAUUAUAUAACUCAUAUGGUUCGGAAAAAAAAUGGUUAUGCAAUUAUAAACGUGCGUAAUACAUCGAGGGACGUUUCUAUAUAAUAUUUUAUUGACAAAAUUAAGAUGAAACUAAAUGUUCUCAAUAGGUUAUCUAAAAGUUAUCAUAUUUUUAUACCUCUAUUAUCCAGCAAUAAUCAAUAUAGAAUAUUAUAUAUUUCAUAUUUUAUAUUUUGCCGUGGACCAAGUUUCACCACAUGCAUAGGUAACUAAGAUAACUUGCGUACAAAAUAAUAUUUAUUUCCAUUUGAUAUUCGUUAUUUUAUUUCCUUAUACAUGCCGUUUCGGCUGUUUAUUAUAUUAACAAUCAAGUUAUUCAAGUUAUUUUUCAGCUAAUAUGGGAGUGGGUAAAUAUCGACAAUAUUUGGUUUUUGAAUGCUAUAUAUUAUUUAAGUACGUUAAGUACUUACCUAAAUAAAAUAAAUUGAUGUUAAAAACAAAUUCAAAAUAUAUUUGAGUACCAACCAAUUAAUAUAAGCGUUGGUUAUUACGAAUACAUUAAACAGAAAAUAAUUUAUAGUGUUGUUUGCUUUAUAGUAUAUUGAGACGAAUUUUGAAUUGUUGAAAACAAGUUAAUGCUUAGUUAGAAAUAAGUUUUUUUUGUAAAUAAUUUAUUUUAGUCUAUUAAACUUAUUUAAAUAAACUAAUUAAGACCAAACUGAUCUAAAGUUACUUGGAAAAGCACUUGUAAAUCUUUAAUGAUAAUAAAAUAUUUGUUCGAAAAAUUGGUUAUACUAGCCUCAUUCAUUCAUUCUUCGUUCUCUAUAACUAGAAGAUAGAAUUAGAACUAGAACUAGAGACUCAACAAGUAGUAUUUUGAUUCGCUGCUGAAAAGAACACUUUGAUUAUUCUCUGACAUUAAACGUAGAAAUAUUUUAAGCAGUACGGUAUUUAUUAAGUAAUACGGUUUUUUCGAAUUUCGCUGUUCGAUACUCUGAAAAUAUAAAAUAUAGCUAGAGUUAUAUUAAAAGCGAAAAGUAAGUAACUACACUAUAAUUAUAACUAUAGGACUCGGGAUUUUGUAGCGAAUAUUUGUUUAAAGGGGAGUAUAACAUAAUGAUAAUUCGUAUGUAAAAAUUUGUUUUCUUUCAGUUGUAUUCUUCAUAAUAAUUAUCAUACAAUGAUUACAAUGAAGUAAACUUUAUUAUUUUUUUUUUAUUUGAUCAACUAUGCCUUUUUGUUUUCUCACAUUUAAACUUUUGCUACAUUUUACAUAAUUUGAUGGACAUUUCACAUGUUUCUAUAAUUCUAUUAUGUAAGCCAUAAAUUAUUGGUAAAAAUUAAUGUAAUCGUAAGAAAAUACAUAAUUUUAAUUCUCAAUAUAGGCUAAAUUUUAAUGAAAUAUAUGGUUGUAAAUACGUUUUCAAAUUUGAAUGUACAAUUCUAAUUUUUUGACAGUAUCUUAGUAUAUUUUUUAACGAUUGAUUUUGCUGCUAAUAAUUGAUUUCAAUUAAUUUCAUCGCUGUCAUAUUACAUUGAUUUUAAAAAAUAAUUUCUGCAGGGAAUUAUUUUAUAUUAAAAACAUUUAUCAAAGUACUCUUAAAAUAAUAAAUACCCAUUAUGUUUAUAUGCAUUAUAAGUAUAAGUUAAAAAUAUAAUGCUUUAAAACUGACGUCAUAACACGUAUUUCGUAUUUUUUACGUGAACAAAAUAAGCUUUUAAUAUUAUAAAUUAAAUUUUAAAUAUGACCAAAAACUUUCACAGUAAAAAACAAAAAAGUAUUAAAUUAUAACUUAAAAAUAAAAUAAAUAUAGGUAGGUAGAACUUUUGAAAAUUGCAAAUAAUUUUCGGUUUUCUGAUAUGAACCACAAAUUAUAUUAAUUUUAUUAUUUAAAUGAUGUAUAUACUUACAUACACUGAAAUUAUAAAACGGAAUAAUUUUUUCAAAUAGUUUUAUUGAAAAAAAAAAAAAACAAAACAUUGCGUUAAUCGAUAUUUCUUUUGUAAAUUACACUCGUGCGUAUAGUGUUUUCGCUGCUCGGCGUAUUAUAUACAAUGAAGCCAACAAACAUUCGUAUAACUGCACGUAGUAACGGGAGUAGUAGGUACACCAAUAUAAUUUUAUGUUUCUGCGUUAUGUACAAAGAAGGGGUUUAUCUAAAUUUAUGAGGUUUAGAAGUAUUUGAAUAUUAUAGAAAUACACGAUUACACACAUAUGUACUUAGAUGGAAUUAUAUGCAAUCUAUAUAAUUGCAGGACAUCAUACUAUAUAGAGCAAUAACCUUUAAUUCGUUUGAAAACGCUAAAAUAAUACGGUUUUUAUUUAUAAUAUUUCCUCUUAUUUUUAAAGUUUAUUUAUUAAUUAUGAAAUAAUAGUUCAACAAUACUUAUUGUACGAUUGUGUUAUUAUUUUAACGAGAUCGUAGUAGAAUUUUCAAAAUGUUCACUUUGUUUAUGCACUACCGGCUACUAUCUAUUAACUUAAAGGGAUGUCUGCGCACGAUUUGUUUUCUCUUCUGAACUCACUUGCAAUAUAAUAAAUUUGCGUUCAGCUGAAUCAAACUCUCGUUGUUAGUUAAUAUUAGUAUUAUAAUGAAUUGUGAAACUUAAAAUUAAACUUAAAGUUAAGAACAUUGUCCGCGUUUGUGCGUUGGCUUUGUUACGGUAUUUCAAUAUGUAUGCAAGUUAUGAUAGUAUGUAAAAUAUUACAAUUUAAAAACUCUCACUUAUCGUUUUAAAAUUGAAAUACCGUAAAAUCCCAAAGUACAAACCCAGAUAACGUUCUUAACUUGGAAUCUGAUAAUAGGCCGUUCUAAUAUUUAAGUUAACAAUACUCAUUUGGUCUGCUGAACGUAAAUUUGCCAUGUUGUACGUGGAUCAAAGAGAGAAAACAAAUAACGAUACGAUUUUUCCACAGACCAACUAGCCAAUAUCCAUAUAAAGGAAAUUGAUAUGGACGAAUAUCUAUUAUGGCAUUUUAAAUUGAAAAGCUAGACAAAAAUAUAUGAAUCGAGUUUGACGGAUGUUAGUUUUGAAAACGGAUGAAUAAUUUUUAUAUUAGGUUAUGACGGAGUCGAUUUCAAAUAUUUAUAUAUUUUUUUGUAGCAGUAAUAUAAAAAAUGAUAUUUUUAUAUUUAUAUUCUUUUAAAAAUUAUUAACAUACGCAUAGAAUUUUAGAAAUUAUUAAAAUCCGCCAAAAUCUACAGUAUUAUAAUCGAUUCAGUUCCGUUUUUAAAAUAAAAAUCCGUCAAACCUUUUGCUUGUAGAUUUUCGGUCUACACGCCAUUAAUUUUUCUACGACUUCAAUCCCCUUAACUAUAAUCAUUAUAAUUUUGCAAUGUAAUAUAAAAAAAAUAAAAUACACACGAGUCUCCUAAACAGUAUUACGCAACAGUAUAAUUGUUUUUAGGCAUAUUCACUAUGAAUUAUUAUUAUAUAAUAAUAUUGGAAUAACAACGGUGAUUUUAUUCAAAUAGUCUGUUUGGCAAUUGUAUAUGUUUUUUUUAUUGUUAUAAUUUAAUUGCUUUUAAGUUUUGACGAUAUACCUAAAUUAAUAUUUUUUUUUUUUUUGUAUUGUGUUAUGUAGUGUUUGUGCACUUCUAUAUUAUGUAUACUCAAAUAUGUUGUUCAGAUAUUAAUUUAUUAAAUAUAGAUUAGUUUUGUAGUGCCCACCCCGAAAGACAUCAAAUUAUGAUCGUAUAAAGUUGUUAAGUUGUUGACAAUACGUAGAAAAAAAAAUUAAAAAAACAUCAUGGCUUGGGACUAAUAGCGCAUUAACUUGUAAAAAAAUAUUUACAAUGUUACAAAAUGAAAACCUUUCCCAACUACUAUUAAAAAAAAAAAAGAUACAAACCAACGUGAUGUUUGGAUAUAUAUUAAUAUUUACUCAUCCAUUAUAUAGGUGAAAGAAUAUAAAAGCGAAAUUAUUUUUAAUUUUAGUUUUAUAAUCGCACACACUGCACACAUCGAGAAAAACAUUAUCAAAAAAAUUAAAAAAAAAACUAGAUUAGUAGAACAAAUUAAAAAAAACUAGAAAUUAUCAAAAAUUAACCGUUUCAUAUUUUGCAAUCGUUGUAGUACCGUAAAUUUCCAUAUCAUUUAGUUGUAUAUUUUAUUAACGUGCAGAAAAAUAAAAUUAUGCAUUUGCCAUUUGCCGUCAUAAAUCCUUUAGUCCUGAUUAUAAUAAUAUAGUUUCUUACUCUUGUUAGUUAUUAUUAUUUACUCACCCCUUUUGCGAACGUAAAUAUUUAGGUAAGUACGUAUCGUUAUACCCGUGAAUGAUUUCGUUUUCGUUUAAUACGUACAAGUGAGCGAAAUAGCCAUAAACACGUUUUGAAUAAAAACAAUAUUUAUAUAUAUACUCUCGUGUUAUAAUAGUACCUAGUUUUGUUAUAUCAUAAAAUAUUUUUAAAAACCGAAAGAUAAGGAUAUUUGUUCAUUGUGACCUCCCAAGGUCCUAUCAAUAUAUAAUAUUCCAUUUGCGUGCUCUUCAGAUAACUCGAGUAGUAUAAUCAUAAUAUUAUUUUCAGCGUAUAAAUAUAUAUAUCAUAUUUGUUUCAUUUUGCGAUUUUGAUGACUAUAUUUUUUAUACAUAACAUAUUUAGGCAGUAGUAGUAUUUUAACGGUUAAGUGUAUGCUAUACGGAUAUUAGAUAACAAUUAUUAAACACAACAAAACAUUGGAUACAUUAUGAACACGUCAAUUCGGGUAAAUCGUAUCAUUUUUCGUUAAAAAAGAAUCAAGCGUAGUUAAGUUAAAAAAAAAAUUCACUAGAAUUUUUUGAAAACGUCUAGAAAAGACUGCUAUAAGUAAUCCGUGAACUCGUUUAGAUAUCUAACCGAAUUACAAAGAAAAAAAAAACCGAUCGAAUAUAUUGAAGCCGUUAUAAUUUUUCCUAGUUUUCCCUAGGGUUUUUUUUCAAUUAUUAAAAGGAUUACAUCCCCAGCGCACCAUAUAGACACAAUUUGCUUUUAGAAGAGAUUCUACGCCUGAAAAUCUGGACAGUAUAUCUGGUAGAAAAGUUGUUAAUAGACACACGAAAAAAAACACACAUGUCGUAGUGGAAAAAAUUAACAUAAUAAUUAUUUUAAUCGAAAUUACUUUGGUUAGAAAAUUCGUGAUGUAAGUUAAUACGCGUAUGUAAUAUAUUAUUAUAACACCGUUGUAUACAAAGUAUACAGGUAAGUAACCGCACUAUUUUAGUGUCGAAAAGAAAAUGAGUUACAUUUAGAUGAAAAAAAAGAUAAUUUAAAUAACGACUGUGUUCGGUAGGCACAAGUAUUGCAAAAUUGUCGGAAAUUUUAAAUAAUUUAAGUACCGAACAAAACCAGUCAGCCGCAGUAUACACGUAUAAUAAUAUUAUAUUAUAGCAAAGUCAUUAUAUUCUACGCAAAACAUAUUUUACGUCUGAAAUUUAAAUUGUUUUAUUUUUUUUUUUUUAUUCACGGUAGCAUUAAUUAUUAAGCCGCAAAACAGUUGGCGGUAAACAUUUAAAUAUAUUUUAUUUGUUUAACUGUAUAAGUAUAAUAUAUCUAUUUUAAUAAACUUGAUCUGGUUUAUUGAACAGAUAAUACAAAAAAAAAAAAAAAAGACAAAUUUCAAAAUAUCUAAUAUUGUACCUACAUAUACAUAAUAAUAUGCCGGUAAACUGAUGGUAAAUUUUUUGUGAAACACGUUUCUUAAAAAUUAAUUUUGUUUUUGGAAAAUAUUCGAUCAUUGUACCAUAAUUAUUAUAUUGGAAAAAUUGUUUCGUGUUUUAAGUUUGUAACUAAGUACUUCACUAUAGAUACGAUUCAUAUAUGUACAAAAGAAAAAUUAAUUUUUCAUCUAUUUAUAUUCAGAUGUCCUACAGAGAUAAGAUCAUUGCGAUACUUUAGAAAAUAUUAAGAUUAGGAAUUUUUUAUUUUUUUUGUCAAUUUUAGAAACAAAUAACUCUAAAAUUUUACAUUAUCAUUAUUUCUGGGAGUGAAUUGACUGCCUAUUAUGGUUUUAAAUGACAGCCUGUAUUUAAAAUUACAUGAAUAGACGUAUAGUAUUAGUUUAAGUACCUUUUUGAUUUCCAUUAACUUGUUGACGAGAAUUUUACUUUUAAGUUUGGGUAAUGGGAGAGUAUAGCGGAACAUAAUAAAUGUGGCGACACAUGGCGUGGCGUUUGAAUAGUGCGAAAACUAAUAAUUAUUUUGUACUCUGAUAAUUUAUUUUAUACGAGAGUACACGCAUGAUUAUUUUAUAUUUUUUUCAGUUUGUUGAAUUAACUUAUUGUACAUAAGUCAUAUAAUAAUACAAUUUGUAUAUUAUAAUAGUGUAAUACGACGAUGAUUUUUUUUUUUUAUUCGAUUAGACAAAAUAAGUUUUCUUAAUAUAAUAAUAUACCUACUGAUAUUUUGGUCUAAAGAGUUCAAAGGGUUGUGUUUUUAUGUUUAUCGAUUAUUCCAUAGAAACGGAAACAUAUACAGAUAUAAUAAUAUAUUUAAAACAUUUUUGUCCGAAUGACCCAUGUACGUUAUUAUUAUUGUUUUCCUUAUCGAAAAAAUAGAAUAGAAAUCGAUAAUAGUGUGUACGCGAAUGUUUCAUUUUUUUUUUUCUUUUUUUUUUAUAAUGACACAAUAUGAAAAACCAGAAUCCUGCUAUAUAAUAACAUUUAAUAAUACUAUAUAUAAACUAAAUGUACGAAUAGAGCUAAGGGGUAAAAACGAAAAGUCUAAAAGUUAAUUAGAUAUAUACUUUCAGGGACGAAUAUGACCCCGGGGAAAACUGUAAUAUCCUGUGUUUAUUUGAUGGCCCGGGGCUUCUUUUCGUUUUUUUUUUCAUACUCCUGUUAUUUUUGUUAAAAAUUAAUCCACACGAUAUAGAUGAAAAGAAAAAAAAAUGAAAUUAGGUUUCUUUGCGAUCGUUAAUAUCCAUGCAAGACAAAAAUAGUUUUACAAUCUUUUAAAAAACGCAUUAGGAAUAUGAAAAAAUGUUCUAAAGCGUUUUUAAAUUGUCUCAACCGUCACUUUUACCUUUAUGAAAUAACAUAUAAAAUAAGUUUUAAAAGUAUUUUAAAUACAUUACUUUAUUUUUUACAAUCCUAUACAAAAAUACGAGAAUAAAAAUGCACAAAAAUGGAAACUUGUUUCUGCCGGUGCGCUGUGGUGACGACGGGUAUUGCACUUGAGACUCAGCCUAACCUACGGCGGUUAUCAUUUGCAUAUUACUAUUGUUCUAUACUAUUAAAUAAUUGUUAAGAAGAGAUAAUUUUAUUACUAAAUAAGUUAUUAAGUUAAUUUCAAAAUAAUAUGUACCUUUAUAUAGUAACAUCUCGAAAUUGCGGACAUUUUGGGAACGAGAACUUUAAUCUCCUCUGAAAUGGCGGACAUCAGCAUCAGAAGAAGUAUUUGUCCCUGGUUUUUUAUUUAUUGGUUAUUUCGGUGUCUUUUGUACAAAAUAGUAGCUUAUAUAAAAAUAAUUAUGAUCACCUUCAAAAAAAAAAAAAAACUGAAAAAAUGGAAGUGGUACUGGCAGACACCUACGAAUAAUGGACGAUAAAGUUUUAGUGACCGCAUGAGUCUGAAUGUUUAAAUAAUUUACACUUACUCAUAUUUGAGUCAACAAGGAUGUAAGUAUUUAAGUAGGGGUGGGGCUGAGGUGGGAUUAAUUUCAAAAUAUUACAUAUAAUAUUAUGCACACGAAGAGCCUAGAUUUUGACUCGGGCUUUCGCCGUCAUCCCCCGCGUACCUUUCGUUAGCGCUGGGCGCUAUUCAAGAGACGGGGUUGUCAGUGUGUCCGCAGCGGCAAGCCGGUGCGGCUUGCCUGGGUCGCCUGAAGGCCACCAGCACCGGGCCGGCGAACCGGCCCGUACUUUUCGACUCGGGUACGACUGCGUCGCAUGGGUUCCUUACGUCUCACUAGGUCAGUGAUUUUUCAACUACCUUGCGCUGGUCCCACAGCCACCACGUUGCAGCCGAAGUAGGCGCCUCAACCGCGGGGGGCACUAAGUCCGAAGCGGCAAGCCGGUCCGGCGUGAAGCGGGCCUCCCCCUCCCGUGGUACCGACUAGGUUUUAAGUUGAUGUCGGUGGGUCAACCCGGGGCUGAGCCCCUACCACUAUUCUAGCUACCCAAGCCGUCUAGUGGUGGGCCUUAUAAUAUUAUGCACAGUGACACCUCGGAAUUGCCUUUUUUUUUAGGAACUGAAUCUUUAAACUCCGAACUGAACUUCCUCUAAAUAACGGACAUUAGUACAAUUUUCAAGGGCACUGUGUGCACGUGCUCCCUAUAUUUUUGAUUUAAUUGGUUAUUUCAGUUUUUAAUAGUUCUAAAAAAUAGUAGGUUUUGAAUGUAAAUAAACGCACAAUGUAAAAUAAAAAACGUAAAUGUAUAUAAUAUAAUAUAUAGUACUUAUGUAAAAUAUAUCUAAAAUACAUAUUUUAUAUAAACAAUUGUUGCCCGUGCCAAUUUUUAUUCAUUUUCUCUUUAUUCUCAUUUUGCUUUGCUCGUAUUAGUAAACUGAACGCAAAAAAUAAGUGGAAAGUGGGUAGUCUGCCUCAAUGACUACGAUGGACUUAAAGUGUACUGAUGUGUUAUAUAUGUUUUCAUCAUAGACACCCGCAUAACGCAAAGAUUAAAAUAUAUAAUACCUAAUAUAAUAACGCUAAAAUUAUGAGGACAUAAUAUUAUUGUAGUGUUAUACCUAAAAAUACAAAGAUUCAAAGAUGAAGUUUUACGUAUUUUUACCUACUCACCCAGUACAACGUAUAGAUUUUUAUUUUUCAUCCAUGUUAUACCAAGGUAGCCUCUCCUAUUUCAAGCUAAUAAUAGACCAGUAGACAGUCAGAUAGACUAUCUAUUUUAAGUUGUUAUAGUUUUUUUAUUUCUAUUUAAUAUUUUUUUUUUUUUUAAAUUGUUUUUUUUAAUUUCAUCUGUAUUACUAAGGUAAUCUAUAGUGCAACAAAAUAAUUUAAUUUUCGUGACACAAAGUAGCCUAUGUGUUUUUCCGAGGUCACAUUUAUCUCUAUAUCAAAAUUUAUUAAAAUAUUGGUUCAGCUGUUGUUUAAGUGUUGAAACGUAACAUAUAGACUUACUUUCACAUUUAUAAUAUUAGUUAGGAUUUUAGAAAAUAAAUGUUUUAGAUUCUGAGUGGAAUGAGGUAUGCAUUGGUUUUACAAUAAUGUUAAUUUUUUUUUUAAUAUUUUUUUUUUAUGUGACUUCUUUUUCUACCAGAAAACUUACCCCGAUUAUCAAGUAUAGCACUUUUUCUGAAAGAAAUGUUCGCUGAGUGGUACUUUAGAGAGGUCAUUUUUUGAAAUUAUUAUUAAUAUUCGAGAUAAUGAGAAAUAACCUGGUUCUUUAGGUUAAAAAAGAUUAAAAGAUUAAAAAUAAGUUUGUCAUUGGCAAUCGUUUUUAUUUAUUUUUUGUUAUUAUUGAGUUUUUAUUAUUUUAAUCUUUUUUAAACAAUCAUUGUUGUCAUGAAACGUACAUUGUCGAAAAAACGAUACUAUAGAGUAUAGACCGAGCUAUAUUAAAAUAAAAUAAAUUUCGAUUUCAAUACAUUCUUUAAACUAUUAAUCUUUAUAUUAUAUAUCUUUAUUCUAUAUUUAAGCAUCAACUAAACUCCGCUCAUAAUCGUUUUUUCAUUAGUAAUAGUUUAUCGUUGCUUACAGAUAUACAUUGAAUUCCCUUCUGUAUCCUUUCUUCCCAACUUUUUCCAUCUACAACAGUGGCUGCACCCACGUGCGGAGUAUGUCCAUCUUUUUUUUAAAAUAAUAUUAAAUUGUGGUUAUUAAAAUAUUGCCAUAACAAUAUGUCAAAAAUAAUGUUUUUAAACAAUUCAAAAAUAUUAUUAUUUCAAUUCAAUGCAACAGGAAUGUUGUUAUAUUUUCAAAUAUAUUUUGAAAAAAUAUGUGAUAUAUUAUUUCCCUUGUAUUAUAUUUAUUUAUUUUAUAACUUUUUCAAAAUACGCGGUUUCAGUCAUAAAUGUCUAGAAAUUUAAAAUUUAAAAUCUAGAUAAAUAUGUUCAGUUGUCAUAUUCCAAGCAAAUCUCUUAUAGGAAUUAUUGAUAGUUUAAUAAAUAUUGUAUAUUAAUAAGAUUUAUGUUAAAUAAUAAUAUUAUAAUUAAUACUAUUAUAAUACCUUGAUAAGUCCCGAUUUCUACUUAAACUAUAUUCAAAGUAUUGUUUUUUUUAUUGAAAAACAUUUCAAACAGAUUUUUUUCAACAGCUAAUGUAGAUCUUCUGAGAAGUUAUGUUAAACAGCCUGAGAGAUGGACAAAUAAAUUAUGGAACUACAAACUGUCCGUCUGCUCACGUACCGCCUCACAAUGUUGUCGCCCCUAUCCACCAAAACUCUAUAUUACCAAAUGAACAAACUACAUCAGUGGUUUACCCGUGGAAUUCAAAUCCUAGAAUUGACCAUUUGUACGGCUUUCAUUCCAGAUAUUAUAAUCUCGACUUUCCUACGCCAUACCCACCUGCUACUAAUCAAUAUGUACCUCCAAAUAUAUAUGAACAGAAUAUACCACAAUGUUGUCAGCCGUGCUGUAGACUCAGGUCUCAGAAUAUACCAAAAACAUCUCCAUCGCAAGUGUUAUAUAACCCAAUUCGACCAGUGCAACAAUUAAAUCGAUCUUAUAAACCAAAAAAGACUUUAAAAACACCGUGCUCUGAACAGUUCCUACCGUACAUUCCAAAUGAUUUACCGGUUAAGUACGACACGCAAAAUUGUUAUCAACAAAAAUAUAAUAAUUCGUAUUUAAACAAUACGAAUUAUUGUCCUCCAACUAAUAAUUUGUGGAUACCACCGACACCUAAUCCUACUUGGCCUACCGAAAGGUUACGACCUGUAAGCCGUCAUACUGGCGUUACAUCCCAUGAUUUUAGUAGGAAUAAAAAUUAUCCGAGAUUACCAAAUUAUCAAAGUAAUCCACAUCCUAAUCCAACUAAUGCUACUCAUCAUAGACCUUAUAAUUACAUUCCAUCGAUACCUGAUGUAAAUGAUUAUCGACCUUCAGUUUACCAACAAAAUCAGUUAAUAAAAACUCAUUCAUCUGAUUAUUUAUCUCAGGAACAAAAUUCUAGAAUACCUAUUUCAUCUCAAAACAAUCAAAUUCCGUCAUCGUCUUUUCAACAAUACUACAAUGCUCCACCAGCGUCUUAUUCAGAUAUAUCAAGACCUAGUGAAUCGUUUAAACCGCCUCAAAUUCCACCACAGAUUCCUCCGAAAAGUAAUUUAAAUGUCCGAGAGUUUUUGGCUACUUGGGACGAAGGAGAAGAAGAAACCAAUGAAAAAUCAUCAGAGUCGACCGCGCCAAUUGUGGUACUUGAUUGUAUGCCAGUUGAAGGAGAUGCUUUAACCAAAAUCCAAGAAAAACUAAAUGUAGUGUCUUAUGAAAAUCUAGAAAAAGUACUCAAAGAAAAUCAAAACCCGGUAGUUAUCAACACGGAAUCAAAUGAAAUUGAUUUCAUUCAAAAUAAAGCAAAAUUACCAUCAAAACCUAAUUUUGAACCUCUAGAUUAUACUAAACGUGAAACAGGAAUAAUCAAACCGUUUAUCACAGAAAAGAAAACUCCACCCGAAAUAAAUACUCAGUCCGAAAAAAGUUACAGCGUUAAUUUUGAUGGAAUGGUUGCUUGGUAUGGUAAAAAAAAUACAGAUAUUUCAUCUACAGAUCUCAUUGAAAAAUUAGCUGACAGAAUUUUUAAUCUUAGUAAAUCACAAGAAAGUGAUGGCGUAUCUUUUGGGACGGCUGCCUAUACGGGGCAAAUAACUCAAACGAAUCGAUCCAUUGUAAGUUCAGCCAAAGAUUCGGAAAAAUAUCUACAAAGUCACCAAAUCUUUGAUUUACAUCAUCGCUCAGAAAAAUAUAUAGAGCCUUCAGUUAUAUAUAAACCCAAUGAUUGUAACGGUUGUAAUAACGAUUCUAUUCCUACUAAUCAUUCUUUUGAUUCUAAUGAAAAUAAUAAAGCAACCACUAUUAAAUCAAAUAAUACAAACUCUUCGUGUAUUGUAGAAAAUAUAACAAAAAAAUGUUUAAACGUAACUAGCGAGCAACCGAUACCGUGGAAUUUAGAACACAGUUCCCAAGAACAGCAUUUAAAUACUUCGUUAUAUGACCAUAGCGUUAUUAUUAAACCACUUGAUUUUUCUUCUCUUACUGAUGAAACUAAAGGCAACCCUUUUGCGUUUGAUAAGAAUACUUCAAGUAUUAAUAAACCAAAUGAUCAGUAUAAUAAUGUUAUAAAUGACACUAAUAAUUACAACUCUCCAUCUUCUAAUAACCAACAUUCAAUUCAACAAAUAGAUUCGGGUAAUAGAAAUUUCCCGGUUAUAGUUUCGCCAAAUAUCCACAGACAAGAAUAUAAUGGAUUUCACGAAAGUGUCAUACAGAGAACGGGUUGUGGUGAUAAAAAUAAGAACGAUAAAGUAUCACCGCAAACCGAUUUUGAAAGCAUGAAUUGGAAUAUAUCAAAUGAUUUCGAUAAAAUUAUGAAAAAUUCUCAUAUACCUAUGAUGGAACCACCUUGUAUGUACGAUAGAAACAACUAUAAUAUUUUAGAUAAUAUAAACUCUAAUAAAAAUGUAUCGAAUCAGUGGAAGAACAAUGUUCCAUGUGUGGAUUUAACAAUAAACAGUAAAUCUAAUUCUAAUCACGAUUCGUUUUUUGAUGGUUGGAAUUUUAUUGAAAGUUAUGAAAAUCAUCCUAGUAAAAAAAAUAUUAAUUCUCCAUCAAAUAAUAAUGAAGUUCACAACCCAUUAAUGUAUCCGAACCCGAUGACAUCUUUACAAGAAUCAAAAAAUAAAAAUAAUGACGGUGAUAAAUUUGAAAACGUAUCAUUAGGCAACGUAAAAAAUAUUCCCUUUUCAAAACCUAAUGAUAUUUCUUCUAAUAACGCACGUUCGCGAGACGUUUUCAAUUUGAAUAAUCGAAUACCCGAUUUCAGUGAUGGUUUUGAAUUGCCAAUUUUAAACGAACACCAUGAAUACAUGCAAUUUAAAAAGUCGUCGAUUGACAGCGAACACAGAACUGAUGGUUCGAUUUUUGAACACUUAACUGAACCUAAGUGUAAUCGACCUACGAACGAAACUACACUUAAUGUUAAAAAUGAUCAGAUUAAAUCUGAUAAUGUCGGUCUGCCAAGUUUUAAAGAAAAAGAACCGUUAGCACCUAUGCCACUGCCUCCGAAGCUUAACGUUGUGAAACCCAUUAUACGAGACCCGAGUCAAGUAUAUACAGUCAUAAAACAAAAAGUAAAAUACGAUAACAAUUCAUGUAUCGAUAAUGACAACACAAUAUUAAAUAAAAGUGGGCAUAAUUUAAGAAUGAACCAAAUGAACGUUUUUAACGGAACGGAUUUGAAAUCAAAAUAUAAUAGUAAUAUUCAAUCAAAUCAAUUUGACGUUUGGUCUGAAAAAUUUGUACUAAAAGGCAAUUUGAACGAUUCAUCUAGCGCAGUUGUUCAAUGUGAUGUAGAAAUCACACAAUUCAAAAGUACUCCUGAAAAUCGUAAUACACUGAUACUGAAAUCAAACAUAGGUGAACAUUUUCAGGAUAAAAACACAAAAUUACUUGAAAAUUCAAAUUGUGAUUUAACCGGAGUAGACAAAAUAAAUAUUAACGAAGAUGACAAAAUUAACACCAACGAUUUUCUUAAUUGUUUAGAAAGUACAAAAACCGACGACCAGAAAUAUCAAGAUACUUUGGAUGAGUUUGAAACUUCUUUUGGGUUUGAUAUGCAUUGUAAUAACGAAUCAAAUAAGUCUUUCCAUGAAGAUAUUGUAGAUAAAUGUUUAGAAGAAAGCAUUCAAGAUCAAAUUGGCGAACACAACGUGAAUACAACAAAUUUAACUAAUUUGUCAAUCAAUAACAUUAAAUCAUCAAAUAAUAUCCAGUCACCUUUCCAUUGUAAUUUUCAGUCAGAUUAUCCCAUCAAAAAUCAUUUUGAUGAAAAUAAAAAUAAAUCUGUUGAUUUGGACGAAAAAGAAAUCAUUAACCAUGAAAAAUUAAAUACAGCUGUUUUUAGUUAUCAUAACACAAUUGAACAUGAUUUUAAACUUCAAGAUAAUACAAAUAUUAAUAAAACUGAACAUGAAACUGAUAAGAAUUUGGAUUUCAACAUUCUAAAUGAUGCAAGCAACGAUAUUAAACAAAGCCAAAAUAAAACUGAAGAAUGUAAUUCAAAUUUAUUAAAAGAUUCGUUCGAGGAAAAACAUGAUGACACAAAUAUAUCAAAUACGGACAAAAAUAGUUUUAAUUAUUUAACUAUGGAAGACUCUCACUUUGAGUUUAACAAUAACAAAAAAAUUAUUCAAGAAUCAACAAAUUCUAAAAAAAUUAGUGAUACAAAUAAUCCGACUGAAGUUAAUGAUAUUUCUAAAAAAAAUCAUUGUAAUAGUCCUGAUAUAGAUGAAUUAUCUAAUGUUCAAACACUUACAACUGUAAAUGAUGAUUUUAAAUUAAACAUUAAUAACUCAAAUAUUUUUGAAACUAAUUUAAUUACUCAAAAUACAAAAUGCACAACUGGAACUAAUAAUAACAAAAAUAAUUUAGAAUUGUCAUUUCAAUAUGAAAAUGCAGAAAAUAUUAAAAACGAAAAUAAUAAUAAACAUAUUAUUUUUCAAUUAGAGAAUAAUACCAAUAUUUACCAAACAAGCAAUUUUAAAAAAAUUGACGAAUUUGAUUUCGAAAUGAACUAUUCUAAUAGUAAUAUUUAUGAAUCAUCAAAUACAACAAACGAAAAUAAAAUAAAAACGCAAUACACGUAUGAUGUAAAUAACGAUGAGGAAAAAAUGAUAGGAAAAGAAACAAAUAUAAACAAUUCUUUAUUUACUGAAAAAGAACAUACAUUUGAGGAAUCUUCCAGUUUAGAUUGUAAAAGUAAUGAUACGCACAUUUCUAAUGGAAAAAAAACAGAUAGUAUUAAUAUAAAAAAUAAAGUCAUUGAAGAAAAUAAUCCUAAUCACUUUAAUUCUCACGAAAAUUUGAAUAGUAACAAUAAUGCUGAAGUUGAGAAUAUAUUUAGAAAUUUAUGUGAAAAUUUAACUACAUUAAAUACCGAAAAAGAUAACUCUAUUCUUCCUGAAAAUAUCUGUCAAAAUAAUGAUAAUAGUUAUGAUGUUUCUAAGAGUCUCAGAAAUAUUGAAAAUCGUAAUGAAUCGGAAGUUAUUGACGAUAAUCUUGAAACAAAAUUUAGCGAAAGCCAUGACAAACCUAAUGAAACUUUCGAAGAAUGUAAUAGUGUUUUACUUAAUAAUUUUAUUAAUAAUCAGCCUUCACAUUUAGCGGUGGGUUCUAUAAAACAAAAUGAGCUGUUAAAGGAAGAAAAAACCGAAGAAUUAAUGUCAGCCGAACAUAACUCUUGGGAUCCAUUUAAAUAUAUGAAAAAUACUAAUGAAAAUUUUUCAGACGUUUCUAUUAAAACAAUUGAACGUGGACAUUUUUUUACCUUAGAAGAACAACUGAGUAAAGAAAUUAAACAAAGCGAAGUAGAGUUAAUAAAUAAAAACAAUACACAAAAAAUGCAAAAUGCAAUAGUCAAUACAGUUCCAAGUCACUUCACUAAAAAAAUAUUAGAAAACAUAAAAACUGAUUUAUUAAACGCUAUACAGAAUGCUGAGAAAAUUGAUAGUGAAGAAAAUUGUCAUAAUAAUAGUCCUCGACUUAAUUCAUUAAAUCACGAUCAACAGCAUCUUACUAAAAUUGGUUUGACUGAUGAUUCAGUUAAUACUAGAUCGAAUCCUUUAAAUGACACUGGAUUAUUACAUAAACAAAAUACCAAUGAUGUUUUGAAAGUUGAAGAUUUAGCUAUUUCUAAAUCUAGUUUUUUAAAUUGCAAUCAAAAACAUUCAAACGAAAUUAUUGCAAUUCAUGAUACAACAAGUUCUGAAUCUAAUUCACUGAAUCAAUUUGAAUUCCCUUAUCGACAAAAUUCCGAUGACAUUUUUAAAAUUAUAGAUUUAUCUAAAUCUGGGUCUAGUUUAUCUAAUUCAUUAAAUGACGUUCGAUUUGUUCAAAAUUCCAAUGAUACUGUCGAGGUUGAAGAUUCAUCUAAAUCUCUACCUAUUGCAUUAAAUAACCCCGAAUUCACCUAUGAACAACAGUUGAAUGAUAUUGAUAAAGUAAAGGAAUCGACUAGUUUUGAUUCUGGUUCAUUAAAUUGUCAGCAAAAUCAAAAUGAUAUACUUGAAGUUGAAGAUUCGCCUAUAUCUAAACCUAUUGUAUUAAAUGAUGUCGAUUUCACUCUCCACGAAUAUUCCAAUAAAAUGAAUGAUACGGACGAUUCAACGAAUACAGAAUCUAAUUCAUCAGAUGAUGUUGAAAUUAUUUGUAAACAAAAUUUCAAUGAAACAAUUAGGAAUGGAGAAAAACAUAGAUUUAGUUCAUUAAACUACACAGAAUCUACACAUCAACAAAAUUCAAAUGAACUUUUUGAUGUUGACGAUUCAAAUAGUUCUAGUUAUAACUCAUCAGAUGACAUUGAAACAAAUCGUAAGCAAUACUCCGAUGAAAAGAUUGGGAAUGGAGAAAAACAUGUAUUUAAUUCAUUAAAUUACACAGAAUCUACACAUCAACAAAAUUCGAAUGAACUUUUUGAUGUUGACGAUUUAAAUAGGUCUAGUCAUGAUACAUCAGACGAAAUUGAAACGAAUUGUAAGCAAAAUUCCAAUGAAACGGUUAGUAAUGUAGAAACACAUAGAUUUAGUUCAUUAAAUUACACAGAAUCUACACAUCAACAAAAUUUGAAUGCACUUAAAGAUGUUAACGAUUCAAAUAGCUUUAGUAAUGAUUCAUCAAAUGGCAUUGAAAUUAAUUGCGAACAACACUCCGAUGAAAUGAUCGAGAUUGAAAAUGCAUUAAAAUAUAAAUCUAUUCCAUUAAAUGAUACUGAAUUUUCCCAUGAACAACAUUACAAUGAUAAUAAUGAUUUAACUGGUUCUGUCUCUGAUUCAUUAGAUGAUAUCGAAUUGACUUGUCAACAACAUUCUAAUGAUAAUCUCGAGACUAAAAAUUUACUUAAAUCUAGACCUAGUUUACUUAAUUAUGAAGAAGUUAUUUCUCAAAAACCUUCCAAUGAAAUGGUUGAAGUUGACGAUUCAACCAGUAUUGGAGAAAAUGUAUUAAAUGACGUUGAAUUAAUUUGUCAACAACAUUCAAAUGAAAUUGCUGAAGUUCAAGAUUUUUCAAAAUCUGGACCUAGUUCAUUAAAUCACAUAGAAAUAACAAACCGACCAAAUUUCAAUGAAAUUGUUGAAGUUAACGACUCAAAUAGUUCUAAUUCUUUUGAUUUAACUUGUGAGCAACAUUCUAAUGAAAUUAUGGCUGAUUUUAAAGUCUUAUCUGAAUAUGAACAUACUUCAUUAAAUAACAUCGAAUUUACCCACGAACCACAUUCCAAUGAUCUUAUAGAUAUUGAUGAUUCAACCAGUUCAGAAUGUAAUUCAUUAAAUGAUGUUGAAUUGACUUGUCGGAAACAUCUCAAUGAUAUGAUUGAGGUUCUAGAUUUACCUGAAUCUAAGACUACCUUAAUACAUGGCGUUGGAAGUACUUUUCAGAACUAUUCAAAUGAAAUGAUUGAAAUUAAAAAUUUACCUGAAUCUGUGUUUACUCCAUUUAAUAACACAAAAUUAGCACAUCAGCUACAUUCAAACGAAGUCGGUCAACUUGACAAAUUAGCUUAUUCUAAAUCUAAUGAAUUAAAUGACGCUGAACUAUUAAAAUUUCAACAUAAUCCCAAUAAACUCGUUGAUUAUUCGACUAGUUGUAGUUCUUUAGAUGAUGAUGAAUUGACUUGCCAGCAUAAUGAAUUAGCUAACGAAUUAGGUGAGGUUGAGGAUACAUAUAAAUCUGGAUCUAGAAUAUUAAAUAAUAACGAAUUAACUCAUCAAGAACAUUACAAUGAUAUUGAUAGAGUUAAUGUAUCAGCCAAUUUUGGAUCUAAUCUAUUAGAUGCCGUUAAAAUAACUAAUCAGAAACAUUCCACUGAAACGGUUGAAGAUCCAUCUACUUUUUAUCACACCAAAUCAGUACAUCAACAACCUUCAAAAGAAAUCGUCCAAGUCAAUGAUCCAAUUUGUUCUGAAUCAAACUCAUUAUAUAACGUUCAACUAUUAAAACAUCAGUAUAGUCCCAAGAAACUUAUAGAUGAUUCAAUGAGUAACAAAAAUUCAGAAUUUGUUGAAAACGACAAUGAUUUUAAAUCAAAUAAUGACUCUUGUCUCGAGAAAAAGGACUCUAUUGAUGAAAUAAAAUUACCCAGAGUUAAAUUUAUAUUAAAAUGUCACAGUAAAACAAUGAUAAAAAAAAAUGUAUUUGACGAAGUGUCAAUUGUGCCCUACAAAAAAUUAAAUGUGGCAAAAGACGAAAAGGUUAUUGCGGGUCAUAUUUUUAAAAAACGAAUAAAUUUUUAUAAACCGUGGAUAAGUUUAUGCAAAAAAGACAUUGACAAUAGUCCGAAAGAAAUGAUUAAAAAUAUAGUCCACACGAAAAGUCUAACCGGCCCCGAACAUGUGUCACAUAGCAAUGCAUGUUGCGGUUUUAACAAUGACGAAGAAAAUAUCGAUAGCAUCGUGAUGAAUGUCCCAGCCCCAGAGAUGACGUUUACUAACGAAGAACAAUGUGACGAAAUGUCAAAAAUCGUUAAAGAUGAAAAGUCAAAAUGCGUCGAAGAAGUUAUUGAUAGUAGUGAUACUAUAAUUGUUGAAGAACUUGUUCCAUCUGUUGAUGAUAUUCUUAUUGAAAAACAAACGUUUGAAAAUUAUGGAAGCGAAAAGUGUUGUGAAAAAUCGCUGGAAAAAGAUUUCGAAAUUGCAUCGCAUAAAACCAUAUCUAAACUUACGAAAAAUUACGUCAAUAUUCGAGAUAAAUUCAAUAUUCGACUGUUGGCUCGCCGGACGAAUGAGACGAAACGAAAAAAGCGGCGGCAGUGGCGGCGGAAACGUCGACAAACUGACAACACUACAGGACUAGUGGUUGACAACGGGUUUGCAAGCAAGCUCGCCGAUGACCGCAUUGAAUUGCCGGCAGCUGUUUUGCGGUGGGCUACGACAACGGCAGCAGAAACAACAAAUGCGAGGUGCAAAAUUAAGGUACAGUUGCCUUGGGGCAGGAUAUUUAAUCUGAGUAACCAACUGGACGCCAAUAAUUACACAAAGCUCGAAUUGGGCCCUGCCAAAGUCGAAGUAAGAAUGAGCGAAACGCCGGGUGAAUGGAAACUGUCAGCUUGCCGGUCGACAACUUCGUCUAAAUCGGUGGUGAGCGUUAGACGGUUGGUGCUGCAAAGGGCCGGAACGACUGGCGGCUCGUCCAAAGAUUCAUCGGACUCGGGAAAUAGUACGGUCGUUAGUGGUAACAUUGUUAAUGAUAACAGCAGUAUAAGUGGUAACAAUAGUAGCGGAUAUAGUGAUGCUAAUAGCAGUAGCAGUAAUGGUAGUAGCAGUCGCAGUGAUGGUAGUAGUGAUAUUAGCCGCAAUAACGACGGCAGUUCACAGAUCGAUUGUUCUCGAAAAUUACCGAAAAUUGUAAUCCGACGAAACGGUUUAAACAACAACUAUACUAGUUACGUGAGUUGCGGUGGGUUUGCGGGUGGCAACAUUAACGAAGGCUCUCCUCAGUUGACUGUCCGGUUGAUACGAGACAGGAAACUGGACGCUAUGGCAGCCAGUGGGAUCACCACUCUACAUCUAAAACAUUUCAUUCCCGAAUCAGACACACACGACGCAAAAAGGGUCCGGUACACGUAAACCACCAUUAAUCAUAGGUAUGUGUUUGUCGUUGUGUAAUUGAUUGACGUGACUAAUUAAACAGGUAAUUCAGAUAUAGCUGCAAAGUUAAGGCGUAGGAAAACUUCCCUUGUCAUUUUUUUAAUUUUUUUUUUUUUUUUGGGGUGGGAGUAUGUAUGGAGAAAAACUCGUAAUAAAUUGUUAUCAUUUAAGUUUCCUAACAAAAUAACAUUGCUUGUAUUACAAUAUUAUUGUAUUUAUUAUAUCAUGCCUGCGUACUAUGGCACACUGAUUGCAAAUCUUUAGCUGACAUAUCUGUUUAUAUUUCGUCUUUUUAUACAGGUACACUCAAAUCUGAUAAUAAAUUCUGUCGUAUAACUUAGGAAGUUUUAUAAAAUAUUAUUUUUAUUUUUCAGGAUAUUUAAUUUAGAAAAAAAAACCUAAAACACUCGUGGUUUUUUUUUGUAAACGGGGCAGAAUCGACAUUUAUGUUACCAAUUAUUAAAAUUACGACCUUGAUACUUGUAUCACGAUUUUUCUCUUCAAUUGUUGUUUUAUAUUUUAUAUAUUUUUACGAUUGUUUUCGAUAUUUAUGUUUUAUUUUUUUUAUCAAUAAUCUACAUUGUAUAUAAUAUCACCAAACAAAAACAGAGGAUCCUAUUGUAGUUAUUAUUAUUAUUAUUAUUUUGUUGAUUGUUAAGAUUUUAUUUAAAUCAGGUAAAAAUGUUUUUUUUUUUUCGUUGGUGAUCAUUUUAUGUAUUGUUAUAUUUUAUGCGAGUUUGUAGUUUUAUUUGUUUUUAUUAUUAUUUUAUUUUAAAAAUUGUUGUUUUUUAAUAUUUUUGAGUUAGGUAGGUAUUUGAAAAACUGUAAAAAAAAAACCAAAGAUUAUAUAACGGAAUUAUAUAGAUUGUUAUUUGAAUUUAGUAAAUUUAUAAAACCACCGCGUUUUUCAACUAGUAAUUAUAAUUUUAUUUUGAUAUAGGUAGGUACUAGGUAUAUACAACGUUUGUAUUUUUAAAUCAAUUGCAACGUGGGGAUGAUUAUUGUUAUUAUUAUUAUCGAAGGUCUCUGUACUUUAAAAAUCGUUAUUAUAAUAAGUAUAUUAUAACUUUAUAUUUCUCACAUUUUAUUAAUGAUAUUCCUUUAUACUUGCAAAUAACUGCACUGAACGGUAAUCAAAAUUACAAAUUAUAUUAAGCGUGCUAUACAAAUUCAUUUGUUAACUAAUUUUGUUGAAAACCGACCCGUUUUGCAAUGAAAACACCCACCUUUUAAUUUCUAAUCCAUUCCGACAUUUUUAACGAAUAUCAUUUUGAGAUUGCUCGUUGACCUUAUACGGCAAUUAUUAUUAUAUUAUUUGUUACUUAUUAGCGAAACAAUUACACUAUUCAUUGAAUAAAUACAAACCAUUAGACUAUUAAAGUAAAAAUAAAAAAAAAAAUAACGUUUCGCGCGUAUCUAUACGUGAUUGCAGUAUAAUAAUAUACUACACACACACACACACACACACACACACAGACUUACAAAUAACACCGAUCGCGCGCGCGCCUGUGUGUGUAAAACGUAUAAAAAAAAUCGUAAUUAAAACAAAGAACGCGUUAACAUUAAUCGUCGGUUUAUUUCAAUUCAAAGGGCACAGUAUGCAGGAACAUUUUUUACGGUCAAUUAUUAUUAUAUCGAUAAUAACGAUUAUAAAUUCGAAAAUAGUUUAAUUCGUUUCGUCCGUGGCCAUCGCAAAUAAGCGACUUUCGAUUGAAUACGGCCUCUAACAAUUACAACAGCAGUGUAAUUUUUUCGCAGAUACCUCCACACUGCUAAAAAAAAAAAAUCUUUCUCAAUAGUCGUGUGAUGUUACUCAAGUUAGUUUACCGCUAAUUAAUUUAAUAUUAAUCACAUUAUUAUAAUAUCGUUACUACGUUCCUCUAGUCAGUAUUUUUUAUUUUUCAAAUAUUAUCAUAUUUCGCGUCGGAAAAAAAUGAAAACAACAAGGAAAAAAAAAUUACUAACAAACCGAUAAACUAUUUUUUAAUUGAAAUUUUCGUUCGUGAUUUCGAUAUUUUAAUCAAUAAAUUAUAUUUAAAGUAUUUUUACCAUAUAUUUAUUCACGUGACCGGCCACAUUCCUAUAAAUGAUAUGGAAAAAAAAAAAAAACAUAAACGAUUUACGAUUUCAGUUUUCAAUAGUUGGCUGUGAUUUAAAGAAUUGAUUUACAAAGGUAUUUUUAUUUAAUCAUUUUUUCGAUUAUUAAAUGAUAUCUAUAUUGAAUAAUAUAUUUAUAAUAAUAAAGUCGUUUUAAUAUUUUUUUUUUUUGUUUAUGCAUAUAUUAUUAUACAAAUAAUUGUCUAUACUCGAGCUUUCAUUAUAAACGCAACGGAUUGAUAAAUAUAUUAAUAUAUUCUAAAUUAUUAUUUUAACGAGGUUUUUAUUAAACAUAUAUAAUCUAUAUAGUAUAUAAAAAAAAAACAAAAAAAAAAAAAAAAAUGAAAAAUGUUUUCUGGGAUAUUAUUAUUGGAUUUAUUACCAUAGACAUAUAUAUAUAUAUAUAUUUUAAAAUUGUUUUGAAUUUGUCAAUAUUCAAAUAAAGCGUAUAUACUUUUCUGUUAUAAUAAAAACGUUCCAACGGUUUAUUUUUCAUAAAAGGACAUUAUAAGGGUUAAAAUACAAUAUUAAAGUUAUCGUUAUUCGUAUAUUAUAUAUAAUUAUUAAUAAUGAUUCGUUAAAAAUCAAUAUUACAAAUAUCUAUAACGUUUAUAUUUGAAUAAAACGGGUUAAAAUUUUUUUUUUUUUUCAAUAUAAUAAUAUCAUUGAUAUCAUUUUUUUGUUAGUAAGUUGAUAAACUGGUCGUUUAAAUAGAAUUUUCAAAAAAAUAAAAAUUAUAUAUAUAUAUAUAUAUAUUAUUUUACCUAUAUAAAUAUAGCUUAAUUAUUAUUUUGUAUUUAAUGAGCAGUUACUCGUUUUUUUUUUGUUUUUUUAUCAUUGUUAGAUUGAAUUUAUUAAUAUAUAUAUAUAUAAUAAAUUAUUAUACAUUAUAAUAUAAUAGACAAGUAGACAAAUUGUAAUACUUAGUCUAAAUUUUUGCACUCGCAACAUAUAUUAUUAUAAUAUACCUAAUAACAUAUUCGUGUGAACGUUUUUUUUUUUUUUUAUUUUAAUUUAUAUAUUUAUAUACAUAUAUAUUAUCUAGAAAAUACACACGCUACGUCCAAUUAUUGCGUGUACAAAUAAUUUAUAUUAUUCUAUAUGAUCAUAAAACACAUUUUACUCUAGGUACAUAAUAUAUUAUUUUAAUAAUAUUUUAAUCCGAAUAUCCAUAUUUUUCGUAUAUUUUUAAUGUACACGUAUCUAUAAUAUAAUUAUAUCCAAUAUCGUUUCUUGUAAAUAUAUUUACGGACCAAAAAUAUUAGUUUUUUUAUUGCAUUAUUAUUAUUAUUAUUAUUAUUAUUUUACAUUCACGCUUAGGUUUUAAGAAAAAUGUUGUAUAAAAUUGAUUUUUUUUUUUUAUCUCAAUCACACUUAUGUUUUUAUUAAGUUACGUACCUACAUAUUUUAUUAUAAUAAUAAUAUAUAUAUUUAGCUUAAGAACAUUAUUGUAUUAAAACCGGAUAAAAAUAAAUAAAAUAAUAAUACUAUAUCGCGAUUACAUUAUAUUCAACCGUUAGAUGUUAAUUAUAUUAAAGCGGGUGUGCUUUUAUAAUUAAUUAAUUUACCUUUAUUGUUUUUUUAAGACUGAUAUCAGAUAAAUAAUAAUAAUGAAAAAAAAAAUAUAUUACUCAUGGAGAUCUCAGAAAUAUUGCCUUGUAAAAUUAAAAAUAAAAAUUAAAUAAAUUUCAUAGGAUAUAUUAUCAGUUAUAAUAAAUUAUUUUUAAUGUUGUAUGACUAAAUUGAUUAUUUAUUAUAUUGAUAUUAUUAUUAUUAUUUUUUUUAAAAUAUGCAUAUUACACAGAAAACCGUCACCACCGCGUUCAUCCGGAUUAUUUCCGUGGAAAAAAUAUCCGAAUUUUUUUUUUUUUUUAAUUUUUCUGUCGACGCUACGAUUUUUUUUUUAUAAUAUUUAUAGAGAAAUCGAGCCAAUGACUGCAGUGAGAGAGAAAAAUAGAAAAAAAAAACAUCCAUCUAAACCGUGUACGUUUGUUGGAUUUGCGAACAACGCGUUUUUGAUCGUCUCACGUAACACGCGCCGAAACGUUAAAUGGUUUUUUUUUUUUUUUAGUGUAUAACGUUCGUACUGUCACAAACAAAUAGGAAAAAAAAAUUAUUCCAAUAAUUCUAAUACGCCUAUAAUACCUCUGUGUAUAACAUACCGGUGCGCCCGAUGGAAAAUCGUAUUUACCUAUAUAUUCGUAUAUGCAUAUAAAAAAAAAAUAAUAAUUAAAUAAAAAUAAAAAUAAUUUGAUUUAGUUAUAUUUUAUACCUAUACGUACUGUAAUAAUAUAAUAAUAUUAUUAUCGGCGUAAUCGUAUUAUUAUAAUAUUAUUUUUUUGUAGGUACGGACUUGGAUUUUAUAAUAUAUUAUUAUAUAAACACCACCUCAUUACAAUAUCAUUGUACCUCUUUUUUUUUUUUCCUUGUAAUAUGCAUUAUAAAUCGUAUUUUUUUAGUGUUUUACACGAAUGGGUGUUAUUGUACCUGUACUAUUAUAAGUGUAUUAUAUUUAUGCAAGGGAAAAGCCAACAACUCUAUGUGUUGUUAUAUUAUUAUUAGUAUAUGUGCAAAUAAUAUGUAAGUAUAAAAAAAAAAAAAAAAAAAAAAAACAUUAAAUCAAUAAGGCAUUUUCAAUUUUCGUAAAAAAACAAAAUAAAAACUCCGUAAACUUUUUAUUUAUUGGGAUAGUUAUAUUGUAUGAAAUCAACCGUUUAAAUGGGCGAACGCGGGGAAAAAAAUUGAACAGGGGAGGUUUCGAAAAAAUAUACCUUAACACAUAUUUCUUCAUUUGUAAUGUUGAUUUAUUGUUUACAAUUUUAAGACAAAUUUAAAGGUAAUUUAUAUUUCGCAGGGGAUUCGAACCCUCCCUUCCCACCCAAAACCCUCACUCUGCGUUCGUCAACGCAGGUCGUAUUACAAUAUUUUAAUAUCGAUUCGUUUGUACCAAACGGUGUUCACUUCGUCUAUUUAUCUAUACUUACAUAUCGUGAUAACGCGAUAUAUAUUAUAAUAAUAUAUGAUUUAGUUUUGUUGAUUUUGGUGUUUUUUUUUUUUUUUUAAGUCACCAGUAGCUUACACUGUUAUUAGUUUUGGUACCUAUGUAAUAUUUAUUUGUUUUUUUUUGUUGGUAUUUAUAAAUACACUAUUGUUUUGAUUUGCAAAGUGUUGUGAAAUAUACAGGGUAUAUAUUAUGUACAAUUUUUUUGAUGUUUUUAUUUUAUCCGCCGAAUCUUUAAAAAUUUCCUUCGCCCUGUGACAAUAAUAUUUUGAAUGUAUACAAAAUAUUGUAAAAAACAAAAAAAAAAAAACGUCGCAAAUAAUAAAAUUAUAUUAAAAAUAUAAAACGUGUCACGUGUGUGAAAUAUUACUAACGGG